GCUCACUGUGAACACACUAUGGGCAAGCAAAGAACGCAAGCAUCCAAGCCUCAUCGGCACUGUGAGAGCUGCCACAGCCGACGCUGCAAGACCCCGGUCGAGAUUUCGGUCUCGUGCGUGAUCAUCAGCUGCCGUGUCCUGUGCGGUGCCGUGUUCCACCUGUGCAAAGAAGAAGAACAUAUGCUUCUGUGCCCAAACGAGAGGGUCCCUUGUCUCAACGUUGAAUAUGGCUGCCCGUUCACCAUGUGCCGCUCAAAGCUGGCUAAGCACCUGGAAGUGUGCCCUGCCAGCGUCAUCUCCUGCUCUAUGGAAUGGAACCGCUGGCCCAUCGAAGAAACCGAGACACCUGAGUUCUAUCAAAACGUUUUAAAGGAGAGCUACGCUCAGGAACCUCUCGAUCUGUCCAUGGCUCUGAGAGAUCAGCAACAUCUGUUUGAGUCUCUCAAAAUGAAGAUGCUCUUUCCUGAACUUAUUGAACGGGUGGCUGAAGAUGUUAUGGUGCUGGAGGGGGCCGUGGGAGGGGAACCGCUCCCGAAUGGGGUCGAGGAAUCGUCUGCAUGUGCUGACGGUGCUUCAAAUGUCGAGUGUCAAGAAGAAGGUCUGACUCAAGAGGAGAGAGAAGCAUUGGCGAAAAAUCCUGACGUGGUUGAUCUCGAAAGCUAUAACGUUUGGGAGAGAAUGUUCAGUAUGGAAUUGAGUGGUUGCAAACAUACUAUAAAAACUUUAGGGCAGAAUCUGACAUCCACGGGUGGGAAGGGAAUAAAACCACAGGCCAACCCAAGCAGGUUAGAAAUCUUCAAGGAAGAGCCGCAGGUGCAAAACGAGAGUAACGGAUACGAAAUGGAUGAAGAUAAAUACCUCAUUGCUACGUCUCUUUUUGCGUGCGACACGAGACCCAAAAAGAAAUUUUUGUAUAAACGUCUAGAGCCCAUGAAAAUUAAAAUCGUCCGCAGUUUCGAAGUCCCAAGCAGUUUUAAAGCGAAACAAAGCCGCAUUCGUAACCCCUCGCAUUACAAGAAGGUAAGUGUAAGCGUCGACACGUCUGACUUGGGUGUCGAAAUCGACGACAUGCCAAAAUGGGAUGAGGUUCAAGCAACUUUGCUGUGCUCUCUGGAGAAGGAAUUACGGGGACACCUCAUAGCUGAAUCCAGCUCCACAGAUGCUCUUCUUGUGGACGUCGGAACACAGACAUACGAUUUUUACUCCGCCCCAUUCAAACCAGAGACCUCACUGGAAGACCUCACUGCUGACCGACCCCUGAAACUUCACUUCCAGAUUCAGACUGAAAGCGUCACUAGAAGACACAACAAAUCUAGCUCGGCGUUCACGUACCUGUGCAAUCACAUAUUCAGGCGAGAUGAGUUCCCGUCGCACUUCAAGAACGUCCACUCGGACAUCCAGAGUUGCGCCAGCGGCUGGUUCGAACAGAGGUGCCCUCUCGCCUAUCUUGGCUGCACUUUCAUUCAAAGAAGGUUUCAACCCAGCUCUCAUAGAGCGACGGUCUUCUACAAUAAAGACCUGAGCACAUUUUGCCUCAGACCGGAGGUUUCAGAUCGUUUAUAUGAAGGUAUGAAGACGGUGACUUUGGAGAGGAAGCGUGCGAGGAAUACAGAUGCUCUGAGUAGGUUACCUUUUGAAGUUCUGGUCCACAUCGCUGGAUUUCUUGACAGCUUUACUCUGUCCCAGUUGGCUCUGGUCUCUCAAUUGAUGAGGGAGGUGUGUGGCACCUUGCUUCAUGAAAGAGGCAUGGUCUCAUUGAAGUGGGAGAAGAAGGUCUACUCUCAUGGGGGUUGGUGCUGGAGGUCCAGGAAAAAGGUUUGGCAGUUUAGCAAUCUCUUCUCCACUGUGAAUGGCUGGUGUUUUGAUCAAAUCCCUCCAAUCUCAGAACAUCUAAAGCAACCUUUCCUUUUGCAUCAGUCAGGAAAAGACACUGAUUUUUCAGGAUGCGUUUGUUUGCUCUGUUUCCUGUGGUUUGGGGAGGAGCGUUUGUUUUCUGUCAGGAUUACUGUCGGGUACAGGAUGGGAAAGAUGGUUUGCAAGGAAUUCCCGGAAGGGAUGGCAUGCCAGGACCAAAAGGAGAAAAAGGACAACCAGCAUUGCAGAUAAAGCUCGACAAGAUUGCUUUGGAUGAAAUCAAAGGAGAGUUGGGCAGCAGAGGUCCACAAGGACCCCAAGGUGACAAGGGUAUGAUGGGGCCGAUGGGUGAACCUGGUACCUC